AUGGAAGAUGCAGCUGCAGAAGGUGCGGUCCAUGCUGGCUGCGUCUACCUUGUGGGAGCCGGCCCUGGCUCAGCGAAGCUGCUGACACUCCGAGCAUUGGAGGUGUUGCAGUCUUGUGACGUGGUGCUGUAUGACCGGCAGAUGAGCGUGCCGACCGUGCUUACCUUUGCUGUAGUGUACCUGGCAGCACCUGCACAGGCAAUUGCGCCAAGAGGAGGAUCCUCAGCUUUCCUUGACAAAGCUUCUCCUGGCUCCAUAGAGGUCCCGCGGCCAUCGCUCGCUCCCAUUGGAGACCUGAGCGAUGACGUCGGCUCCACUCACGCGUUUUGGCCUGUGGCAACCCUUCAUGGCGAUCCCGUUCAUAGGCUCCACGGGGAGAGACACUUGAAGCACUCCCCGCUCUGGAAAGUGGUGGGGCGAAGUCGCAAGACCUCGGUGAAACGUGUGCGCCCACACAUGGACAUCGAGGCGUUCUUCUCCUCGACCGUCGCCGGGCAGUGGGUAGCCUUCGGCAUGGUUUGGCUGCUGCUGCUGCGGCUAAGUCUGUUCAUGAACAAGCUGGAGCUGGAGUCUUCUUUGUCCCACGUGCUGGCUCUGGGGACGUGGAUUGUAGCGGGCAUGGGAUUCUUCGCUUGGACCUUUGCCUCUUCCGGCGCUAGAGCUGGGGAGAAGUGGCUAGAUGGUUAUGUGAUGGAGCUGGUUCUCUCAAUGGAGAACAUCUUCUUGUACCACAUGAUCCUGGUGUCUUUCAAGGUCCCUGCAAAGAUGGCCCGCUAUGCCCUUUUCCUGGUGUCCAUCUUCCAGAUGCUUUUCCAGAUGUUCAUGUUCAUGGGCAUCGCCGCCUGGAUUCAAGACUUAAAGGUGUUGCCAUACCUCCUGGGUGCCUGGCUGAUUCUAGUUGGACUUCAGACUAUGCGCGACGAUGACCACGAAAGCUUUGAUCCUGCCCACUCAGAAGCGUACAAGACCUUUCGAAUGGCUAUGGGAGAUCGGCUGCUACCACAUUACGAGCUGGACGGCAGCGUUUUCGUCUACAAGAACGGUAUCCUUUGUGUAACUAUGAUUGGUCCAGUUACCUGCUGCCUGUUGCUGGUGAUGUUUGCCAUGGAGGUUGACGUUACUCUGACCAAGAUAGAGGAGAUUGACAGCCACUUCAUCGCUUGGUCUUCAUCCGUGCUAGCAGCCUUUGCCCUGCCUGAGCUCUUCGUCGUGGUACGGGAGUUGCUGAGACGGUUUUACCUGCUGAAGAUCGGGAUCAGUUUCCUAGUGAUCUUCUUCGGUAUCCUGCUGCUCUUGAGGGAUGACGUCCAGUUGUCCGAUGCUGGUGAGCUGGCAGUGAUGUUCUGCAUCGUCAUGGGCUCCAUCAUUCUAUCGCCCGUUCUGGGCUACCAGCAGAGGGAAUCCUCGAUGUACUGCGAGGACAGCUCCAGCCGUUCCUUUGCGAACCAGAAGGAGGGCUGCAAAGAAGCCGGGGACGAUUCAGGGGCUGAUGGGGCGUCGGAAACUUCCACUGACUUCGCGUCCACCGACUUCGCGCUCUCCUGUGCAGACGUCCCAAGUCCAGACUGCAAUGCAGUCAACAAGGAUGUUCAGAGUGCUUAG